AUGAGGAGGCUUUUUCCUUUUGCUUUCUUAGCUUUUGGGUCUUAUGCCAAGUCCUCUGCAAAUGAAUCGGAAACUAUAUUACUCUAGCCUUAUGGUUUAAUAAUGAAUAAUUUUGUUGAUGUUACCGAUUUAUAUUUUUUUUCAAUUUUUUAAAAUUGAUUUCAAUUGAAUUAGCCAAAGCAAAACAACAAAUAUUUAUUUAUGAGAACUCAAAAGUAUUUAAAGAGGCCAUUUCACAAUUAAAUUAGGAAAGAAGUGCCAUCCAAAAUCUAAAGUUUAAAUAAUUCUAUAAUUCGCGGUUAAAGGGCCUGAAAAAUAUCAGCAAAGACAUAUCGUUUUGUUCGUAUUAUUUGUAAAAGGAGUUAGAUCGUUCCCUCAGAGGAAUGUUCCGAAUUUCUUUUAUUGACAAAGAAACCCUCAACCCCAAAGGCCACUGCACAGGAUUUUUUAUCAGCAAUGACGGAUUUGGUGUUACAUCAAGCUAUGCCCUUGAGAACAAAGAACACUGCAAAAUAAUGGUAAAAACUUAUGAUUCCCGAGAAUUCGAAGCUGAAUCAAGCUCAUUUGAAAAUGUCCCCGGAAUUGAAUUCAUUAUUAUUAAAAGUAACACUGAAAAAAUCCCUCUAACUAAAAAUGAGAUCCGGGACGGAGACACAGCUUUUGUUUUAGGCCUUAAGAUUAGAUUAGAUUAAGAUGGUCUUUAUAUUGCAAACUUACUGAGCAUCAUGGACUCCACAGUUAACCUGAGCCAGGCCGAAACCUCCGUCUUCUCGAUAGAGAGGCAUUUCCCCUCGAUGGGCAGAGUCAUACGAAAUUUGCUGGGAGCCUAAAUCUUAAACCCAAGCUAACACUGCUUACUUUAGACCCUUUUAAACUGGAGACACUUUAGCCCUUAAGAGUCUUGUCUAGCCUUUCUUCCAUAUUUUCCCUGACUCAUCGCCAAAGGAAAAGCUCAACCGAUUACAAAAUUCGGAGCAGGACACGAAGCAGCAUAGGCAAAUAAGUCUUCCUGUCUCUAUCGGACACCUAACCUGGGCCUGGGCGCUUCUGGUAAAAAAUAUGCAAAAAACUGCCGCACGAGCCAGGCCACAAAUCAGCAGAAAUAGCCAGACCUUCGAGGGGAAGUCCAACCCUUAGGCAGUCUUUAAAUAAAAGCCCACGUCUGGAUAUAUAAGGACACACCGCCACAGGAAGGGACAGGCGCUCGUUACGGGCCAUUUUAUACCUUAAAGAUAAAUACCCUUAUUUCAAUGAAGUUUAUAUUACUGAUACCCAGCAGCCUUUCAUGAGAAAAAAAGAUGGUAAUAUCAAGACCUAUAGAGUGAUCAAAACCACACCUCAGAUUCCUAAAGAAUGUGUAGGGGGUCCUCUUCUUAACGAAGCUGGCAAAGUUGUAGGAGUAGUUAUCAAUUUAGAGCAUGGCUUUGGGGCUUCAGUCCCUAUUAACAGUAUUAAAGAACUCAAUCAAGGAACUGAAAGCAGCUGGGCUGUAGUAAAGCUUUGGAAAUCUGCAAGAGAAGGGCUUCUUCGUAUAAUCGAAAACAAAGCCAAUUAG